AUGUCUUCUCAAAGACCGAGUCAUCAGAGUAAUAAGGUUCACUUUUUCAAGGUUAUUGUGCAACGCACCCUUCGAGAUGGAGAACUGAUGGUUCCUAGGAGUUUUGUGAAGAAAUAUGGGAAAGAUUUAGCAAACCCAGUAAUCCUUCAGGUCCCACAUGGUCCAAAAUGGAAAGUCUCAUGGAUUAAACGUGACAAUGAUAUUUGGUUCAAGAGAGGUUGGGAAGGAUUUGCACAACACUAUUCACUGAGUCAUGGACAUUUCUUAGUUUUUAAAUAUGAUAAAGGAGGAUCUGAUUUUUUUCAAGUCAUAAUAUUUGAUAAGAAUGCUUCAGAAGUAGACUAUUGGAGUAAGAGAUGCAGUACCGAUGAUGGUGAAAAGAGCAGUGAACAAUUUGAAGAUGGUGAAAAGAGUAGUGAUUUUGUUGAGCUUUUGGAUGAUGAUGAUGAUGAUUAUGAGUUCAGUGAAGGGUCAAGAUCUCCAUUAGCUCGUAAAAAAAGAAUGAAAACCAAUGCAGAUAGAGAUGAUGAUGAUGGUUUAUUUCAAAGGAGAAAGCGAGAGAAGAGAAAAAUCAGUCUGGGUUUGGAAUCUACUCAUCAAAAAGUUUUCACUGAAUUUGCAGAAGCUGAAGCACUAGAAGUUGGUAUAAGGAGAGCUUUAGAGAGAGCCAAAAAGUUUCCUCCCAAAAAACCCUUUUUCAUUCGGCAAUUGUUUCCUUCUUACCUCCAAAAUAUUUUGGUAAUACCAACAAGUUUUUCCAAAAAAUACAUGCAGGAGUUGAGUGGGGUUGCAACCAUUUGGGUGGAUGAGGAUGAGGACAGACCUUGGUCCGUGAAUUUCAAGUUUAACAGCGGCAGUAACAGAAGUGUUAUGACCACUGGUUGGACCGCACUUGUCCAGAAAUAUAAUUUACAAGAGGGUGAUGUUUGUGUUUUUGAGAUGAUCGAUCACUCAAAAUUCUACUUCAAAGUUACUGUUUACCGAGCCAGAGAACAAUGUCAAUCAACCUCUCAUCACCAUUUUCAAGAUGCAACAUUUUGUGUUUGUGUUUCUGUACUCCAGACCUCUGAUUUAAGACGGACCAAAAUCAUUAUAUCUCUUUCCUAUUAA